AUGGAUUCUGUACUGAUGGAUGAAUAGUAAAUUAUAUAUAUAUAUAAAUAAGUGCUUGGAUAAAGGGACAAUAAUUUAUUGUACUAGAUGAUUAAGAUAACGUAAUAAUUUAAACUUUCAAUGUUGGUGAUUUAUCAAGAAAUUCAGUUAGUAAUUCGAUGGAGAAUGAAAGUGUAGCUGCGAUUUUAAAUUUGGCAAUAGUAUAAGGUAAUCGAGAUUUUCUAGAUUUGAUUGCAAGUAGUGGGACAAUUAAUUAAAAUAGAUUUACAUUAAAAGAAUUGAUUAAUAGAUUGAUAGGAGAUUAUGAACUUUAUAAAAAUAAUUUAUUUUUAAUAAAUAAAGUAGAUACUUAAUGGAUGAAUGAUUGGAUCAUUAAAGUAUUUUUGGUAAAUAAAAAUAAGAAAACUUUUAUUUUUAUUUAAAUAGAAUAAAAAGAAGUAGUAUUUUAACCUUCUUUUUAAGCAUUUUCUUAAUUUGCCACUUAUAUAACUCCUAGUUUAAAUUCAAUAAUGGCAAUAUCAGUUUUGGCAGAAUCAGAUGCAUAAAUAAACAAUUAUAUGUUAGAGAAGUAUUUUUAUCCAAUUAGAAUCUCAAGUGUGAUUGUUUAUCUUUAAUUAACAAAUAUGAGAGAUUUUAAUCUUCAUAAUCAAAAGAAACUGUUAUUAAGAAUAAGUUCGGUUGAAAUUUCAUAGAUUUGCGAAGAUUUAAUAAUUAUGGUAUAAGAUACUUCUAAAGCGAAAGGAAUAGAAAUCAAAUUGGAACAUGAAGCAACAGAAAACAAUAUUGAAACUGAUGCAGAAAGAGUAAUGUAAAAUUUUCAAUAUUUUAGUUAAAAUAAUUGAUGUUACCAUUAAUUAAAUAUUGCAUAAAAUAAACUAAAGAUGAUAAUAUUUUAAUAUCUUGGAAAAUGUUUAAUUCCAAAGCAUUCUAAAUCAUCAUACACACUCCAAUCAAUAUUGAUGAAAAGGAUUUAAGAAUAAUAAGAUUAAAUUUAAAAAAGCCAUCUUUACAAUUUAUUAGCUCAAUAUUGAUCAGGAUCUACCAAAAAAGGGUUAGAGAUCGCAUAAGUGGAACCUUAUGGAACAGCUUUCAAAUUUACAUUGCAAUCAUUUAAUAUUAAAAAUGA